AUGGAGCCGCUGCCAGGAACUCGGCCCAAAAGAGAAAACUCAUGGGAGAAAGGUUCCCAGGGUUCUCAAGGCUCGUCUUCCUCGCUGUCGUCUGCAAAAGUGUCCAGUCCAGAGGAAGAGAAGGACGGCUCUUCUCCUGAAGUGGAGGUUCCUGUGGACGAGGUUCCCUCGGUACCAUCCUACAUCUCGGACCGGUACAGAGUGGGUCGAAUGCUGGGGGACGGGAACUUCGCCGUGGUCCGUGAGUGUGUGGAGCUGUCGACCGGCCGCGAGUACGCGCUCAAGAUCAUCAACAAGGGAAAGUGCAGAGGAAAGGAACACAUGAUCCAGAACGAGGUGGCCAUCCUGCGCAGAGUCAAGCAUCCCAACAUUGUGCUCCUGAUCGAGGAGGUGGACACCUACAGCCAGCUCUACCUGGUCAUGGAGCUGGUCAAGCAAGAGUGUGGAGAGGUGAGGGAGGAGGUGAGGGAGGAGGUGAAAGAGGAGGUGAGGGAGGAGGUGAGUGAGGAGGUGAGUGAGUGA